CGCAGACAUCUACCUACUCUUUAGCUUCACUAUCAAACCCAAACGAAGAUCUAGAGAGAAAAGACUGAGAUUGAAAGACAGCGAGAGAUGGGGAGCACUGGAUUUUCAUGGAAAUUGGCCGAUCACCCGAAGCUACCCAAGGGGAAGCUGGUAGCCAUGAUUGUUUUGGAUGGAUGGGGUGAAGCCUCUCCCGAUAAGUUCAACUGCAUCCAUGUAGCAGAAACCCCAACCAUGGAUUCUCUCAAAAACGGUGCCCCUGAUAAAUGGAGAUUGGUGAGGGCUCAUGGUACUGCUGUAGGACUUCCCACUGAAGAUGACAUGGGAAACAGUGAAGUCGGACAUAAUGCUCUUGGUGCUGGAAGAAUCUAUGCCCAAGGUGCAAAACUCGUGGAUGCAGCUCUUGAAUCUGGAAAAAUUUAUGAAGAUGAAGGUUUCAAUUACAUCAAGGAAUCUUUUGCAAACAACACCUUGCAUCUUAUUGGACUAAUGAGUGAUGGGGGUGUGCAUUCACGCCUUGAUCAAGUACAGUUGUUGCUCAAAGGAGCCAGUGAACGUGGUGCCAAGAAGAUUCGUCUCCAUGUGCUCACUGAUGGGCGUGAUGUUCUUGAUGGAUCAAGUAUCGGUUUUGCUGAAACACUUGAAACAGAACUUUCAGACUUACGCAAAAAAGGCAUUGAUGCACAAGUUGCUUCUGGUGGGGGCCGCAUGUAUGUCACCAUGGAUCGUUAUGAGAAUGAUUGGGAAGUUGUGAAAAGGGGAUGGGAUGCACAGGUUCUUGGUGAAGCUCCACACAAGUUUAAGAAUGUAGUUGAAGCUGUAAAGACACUAAGACAAGUUCCUGGUUCAAAUGACCAAUACUUACCUCCAUUUGUGAUUGUUGAUGAAAGUGGAAAACCUGUGGGCCCCAUUGUUGAUGGGGAUGCUGUUGUCACCUUCAACUUCCGUGCAGAUCGUAUGACCAUGCUUGCACAAGCCCUUGAAUAUGAAAAGUUUGAUAAAUUUGACAGAGUGCGGGUCCCGAAAAUCCGGUAUGCAGGUAUGCUUCAGUAUGAUGGAGAAUUGAAGCUUCCAAAGUACUACCUUGUAUCUCCACCAUUGAUCGAUAGGACAUCUGGCGAAUACUUGGUUCAUAAUGGGGUCCGCACUUUCGCUUGCAGUGAGACAGUGAAAUUCGGACAUGUGACAUUUUUCUGGAAUGGAAACCGGUCUGGAUAUUUCAAUGCUGAGCUGGAAGAAUAUGUUGAGAUUCCAAGUGAUAGUGGAAUUACUUUUAAUGUUCAACCAAAGAUGAAAGCUUUGGAGAUUGGUGAGAAGGCACGUGAUGCUAUCCUUAGUGGAAGAUUUGACCAGGUGCGUGUGAACAUACCAAAUGGUGACAUGGUUGGGCAUACUGGUGAUGUUGAGGCUACUGUUGUAGCAUGCAAGGCUGCUGAUGAGGCUGUUAAGAUGAUAUUGGAUGCAGUAGAGCAAGUAGGUGGAAUAUUUGUGGUGACUGCUGAUCAUGGUAAUGCAGAGGACAUGGUGAAGAGAAACAAAAAGGGAGAGCCUGCUCUUGAUAAAGAAGGAAAUGUUCAAAUUUUAACCUCUCACACUCUUCAGCCAGUGCCAAUUGCGAUUGGAGGACCUGGGUUAGCAGAGGGGGUGAAGUUCAGGAAGGAUGUUCCAAGUGGAGGAUUAGCAAAUGUUGCAGCGACAGUGAUGAAUCUUCAUGGGUUUGUGGCUCCUGAUGAUUAUGAGACAACUCUUAUUGAAGUUGUUGAUUGAUUGAUUGAGUAAUUAAAGUGGAAAAGAUGAAAAAAGGUGAUUUGGAGUUUGGAACAUUUUCGUUUGAAUAAUUUGAUGGAAACAGUAAAAAUGUAAAACAUAUGACACCAAUAUGUUUAGUUACCAUUUCCCGAUUUUGGUCGCAUCACCACGGUUGAGUGAGUGGGUUUUACUUUUACUUUUAGCCUUAGGCUUUUUUAUGUUUAUGCAACAAAAGGAUACUGGUAAAACGAACGGUUUG